GCGCGCACUCGUUACCGUCCGGGUCGCCAACGGUUCGCCCGUGUACCGCGAACGGGAAAACGGACAAAUGAAAAUCGAAUCGUCAAUCCGAAUGUUGUACCGCGCCGCGCGCACGCCGUCACGCCGACACGGACCGAUUUACCGGCGGGCGCCGCGUAAAACGAAAUUUACACGUAUUUAUAAUAUUUAGAAAAAAAAAAAAAAAAACGAUAAGAUUCUAGUCGGCUGGUUUAUUAACGGUAAUCAUCGUUAUUGGCGCAACGUUAUUAUAAAACGCCGCGUUCCCGAUACGCCGUAUACCCAAUAUUGUGAAACAACGUGUACCGUACGCACCAUCAUCGCAUUGUUGUACGCAUUAUUUAUUUUUUUUUUUAUUAUUAUUAUUAUUAUUGAAUCAGUACGAGUCGAGUGUUACCCGCAUGCACAUGGUAUUAUAAUAAUAAUAUUAUUAUAAUUAUUGUUAUUAUUAUCAAUAUUACCGUCGAAUGAUGCAACUAACGUCAUUGUUAUAGGUAUCGCCGAGUCUACCGAGAUCCGGUGAGUUUUCCGACGAGGAGUGCGCGCGCGCGUUAUGGCUUUUCUUCUACACGUUGAAAACCGACGGGGAAAAAGGAAAAAAAAGAACGUUUAAUUACCGACGGUUGUUUUUUAUUAUUAUUAUUAUUUCUUUUUCCUUCCGCCGAACCGUCAUAUUUUCUACGUACGGUUUUCGAUUAAAAGACGUGUUUGGUUUUUUUUUUUUUUCCUUUUGUUCGCGAUUUCGGACCGCGUUCCAAAAUAUAAUAACAACGAUAACCCGCUGCAUUGUUUUAUGCGUUCUGUCGCACGACGGUUGUAUACUGCAGUGCGGAGACACCAUAAUUAAUGUACCUUUGGUCGCCCGGAGCAGAAGAAGAGCCGAAGUCGAUUUUUAGCAUUUUUUUUUUUUUUUAUAACAAUAUAUUAAUCGUAAUUUUCUCCAACGCGAAUGGUUUCCCUUUACGUUUCGGCUUUAAAUUGCUUACGCGUAUGGUUUUUUUCCCUCAACAUUUGUGGAUCUGGUGUAUCGGUGUAUUAGUUUAUGUACAAGCGUGUGCGUUUUCGACAUUCAAUUCACUCGUGUUGACAACUCUGAUACGGGAAUCGACUUGAGCACUUCUUCCUCCGGACCAAAGACGUAAGUAAUAUCGUAAGGUAUGUAUAGGUAAUUUAUAGUAUCGGAUAACUUUCAGCGAGAAAUCAUUUUUACGCGCUCUCCGUACGGAACACAAUACGAUAUUGAAUUUCAUCCUGAGUUUUAGUCAUUUUCAAAUAAAACAUAUGUAUCUUAUAAUAUUAUAUUAUGACGUAAAUACUUAGUGCUUAUGAUGCGGUCGACUUUGGUGGUUCUUCGGCUAUGUACCCGCUGUGAAACACGCAAGGCCGGGCAUUGCCGAGUUAAAAAGUCAACGUUUAAGUUAAAAAUGGUUUAUAUUUUUAAUUAGCUUUUAACAAUUGAUUUUUUUUAUUUUUUUACAUUCAUUUGUCAAAUUACGGUUUAAAUUUGAAUAUUACAUGGCGUUAAUUUAAUUUCAAUAUUUUUAAAUUUACAAUCUACAUUCUACAUACUGUUUGAAUCGGUAGGCACUGCCGUAUAAAUUGUAAUUUUAUUAUUUCACAUGAAUGUGCACGGAGUUUGUAAUUUAAAACAAGUAGGUAUAAUUUGAUAUUUCCGGGAUCGUCCUCUCGUGUUUAAUAUUGAUCAUCCUUAUUAAAAAAAAAAAAAAAAAAAAAAAAAAAAAAAAAUUAAACUCCAGGCUUAACCAUUUCUACUAUAGGUACGAUAGUAAAAAUAACAGUGGUAAAAAGAAAUAUAAAAAAAAUGAACCGGACUCACGUCGUAAAGUUAAUUAAAUUUGAACUUUAACUUGAAAACUUGACGCGACAAUAUUAACUUUAUCGGGUCAACUCGUUGAAUCCGUUGUGAAAUUAACGUAGCGCACUCGAGUUAAUACCAUUCAUUAAUUUGCCCGGCCCUGUCGAUACGGCAAGAUUAUGUAACGUUGGGAAUUCUUUCGGAAAACGUCCGAGCAGUUACGUCAGAUGUACACGAUUCAAAUUCGGUUAAGCAUUGCGUUGCGUAAUUUUAUGGACGCCAACGAGCCGGUUUCCGAUUGCAUACCUAAUCGAUUCCCGGUUAGCCCGUAGGCGCAUGCACACGAAUUGGUUCUGACGGAUAUUGCCGUUUUAAUUACACCGCAAAAUCACGAGCCGAAAUCACAGUUUGCAAUUGGUCGGUUCUUUUAAUCCAACUGUUAUUAAUGCUUUUCCGGACGCGCAAUUAUUAAUUGUUCGUGUCCGUGUUCGAUUCCUUUUUCGCGAUUGUGCACGUGAUGUAAUUCAUGGCCACAGUUCAAUUACAUUUAAACGAUUCGUUUUUAACGAAAAGAUUUACAUUAUAGCGGUUCCCAACUGUUUUUGCAUUACGGAACGUUUAGAGAACUUUCCACGGGUCGCGGACCACCACGAUUUACUUAUGGCGUAUUAGAUUCUCAGCGGAGCUAGGAACUUAUCGGUUGUACAAUGUCAUGCAUUAUAAAUGUUUUAUUUAUAUACUUUUUGUACGAAAUUCUUUCUGAAAUCUUGCUGGUGCGGCAUCUUCUCUGAAAGGAAAUUUUCCUGGGGCGUUACUUUAGGGACGUCGUUUUUUGAUUUUCUAAUCAGUGUUCAAAAUAAUUGGAAAAAACGAACAAUUUUACGAAAAUAAUGUUUUCAUUAGUUUUAAAGUUUUGGUUUUUUUUUUUUUUUUUGUUGUUGUAAUUCAGUUGAAAACGUUCGUAUAGACUUGAAAUUUGGAUAGAAAUCACACGGUCGCCUUUUAUAGACGUGGCGAAAUUCGCAAAACUUCUAUAACAGUGGCCCAACCCGUCGUGCGAAUUAAUGCACGUCUUCAUUUUACUUACCUAUUAUAUUUCUGUACUAAAAUGUGUACUUUUUGAAUAUAUUCGACGAAUAAUAAUAACACAAGAAGUAAAAUUGUGCAAGUGCGUCUAUAAUUAAUAAACGACAACGCAACAAACUUCGGUCGGUUUACGUAAAAAUACUUUUGCAAUUUUGUAGGCAUGUACUUAAAACCGCCCAAAUUGUUUGUUAUUUUAUUGUUUUUACUAAACUUUGUCACCGCGUUGACUGCCUUGUAAACGCAAACAUAUUAAAUUCAUAUCAGACAUUAUAAUAUUAUAAAAUAUAUCAUUCUCAGUUGGUGUAAAAUCUCAUUAAAUAUUCACGAUACGAGAACGAUUUCAAUUUCCCCGUGACAAACGAAUCGUAUAAUUUAUAAACCGAUUAUUAACAUUUUUACGACACCAUGAAAUUUUUAUCGGGACUACGGAUUUAGUGCGUAGUCACCAUACUUGUGUUGUGCGAAUCGACGAACAUUAUAUUCUUGACCGGUCGUUUAUUUUUCUCUUAGAACGAAUCUCCAAUUGCAUUUAUAUUUCUAAGAAUUUUUUACACUAUCGAACCCAGUGAUUUUAAAUGGGAUUUAAAACAAAUUACAAAUGUAGUCGAUAAUAUGCACUCUGCCAAUCAAUGUUAAUUGUUGAGCUAUUCAUAACGCAUUCGGCGUAUUACGAGUUUUUAGUAAUUAUUUGGUUUUAUGCGGGUAUAAUUGUUUUGGCCGAUCUGGAAUUCUUGACAGUUUAACACGAGGUCCAUUAUAAGUCGUACUUAGUGUUAAAAAAAAGUAAAAAAUACUUAGUGUAUGCAAUAGUUUUUGGUUUACAAGCGUUUUAAGUUCAAAUUUUGAAAAAAAAUCAAGGCAAUCUCAAAAGUUGAAGCGUAUAAAAUUAAAUUGAACGUAUGCUUACAUACAAAAAAAAAUGUGACUUUUGAUGGCUAUUCACAAUUUUCAAUUAACGGAUUACUAACAUGAUCGCUCGAUAUUUUAGUUAAUAGUUUAUUUUUACGUUUACGAUGGAAAAUCUGCGAGUCAUUCGUGAUAAAAAAAAAAAUAAUAAAUAAAUAAAUAAUUACGUGUAUUAGUGAAAUCGAAAUUUGUAUACGGCCGAUGAACGAUUAUAUAUUAACGCGUACAAUUUUUACUUAGAUUUUUCAAAUAGUUGCUAGUGAAUUUAGAUUUAAAAACUGUUUGAAUAAUUCUUUUUACGUUGUCCCGAACGUGCGUAAUUUUAAAAACAAAACAAUUUUGCCGUUGAUUACGUGUAAAUUAUUAUAGAUUAGGUACACGCAUAAGUUAAUUGUAUUAUGUAAAAUAUUCGUAUACAUAAUACGGUUCAUAGUUUAUACUUUUUGAAAAAUUCACGAAAAAAAGUUUGAGCUAAUAAUAACGACAUUCUAACAAAUACUAAUUAAUCUGCACGGAAAAUAAUUUUUUUUUUUUUUUUUUUUCGUAAAUAGGCAUUUCAAACAUCUAUAAAGCGAAUAAUUCUAAUAACACGUUACCGAUACGAUAAUGGGGGUGUGACUGCAAAACCUCGAAAUCGGAUUUUAGAUUUGAAGCGCAACGAACAAUAUGUAUUGAUAGUAUAUUAUGAUAAUUCGUUUUUCUUUUUUUUUUCUUAUCUUGUUCCGAUAAUCAGUUGUAGAGACGAUAUCCGGUUUUUGUCUGGUUUGCGAGUAAAAAAUCAUUUAUAAUAAUUUCCAAGCUGUUCCUAUAAAAAUCGGAAAAACCGAAAAUAAUCAAUGACGGGCAUACAUCUUUUAACCUAAAGAACCAGGUUUUCCUCGAAUAUUAAUGAGAACUUCAAAAAAUUAUCUUUUUAAAGUGCCAUCCAAAUGACAUUUCCUUUUAGAAAAGGCGCUAUACUUGAUAACCGGAGUAAGUUUUCUGGUAGAAAAAGUGUUCACAUAAAAAGAAAUAAACAUCAUUGUAAAACCAAUGUAUACCUCACUCUGCUCAGAAUCGAAAAACGAAGUGAACAAAACCCAAAAUAUUUAUGGCGUUCGCAAAUAUUUCUUUAAUUUUUUCGAUUUUUGUUUUCAUUCAGAAACCUUGCUCGAAAUUUAAAAGUAGCGUCUUUUCUGGUAGCGAAUUUCUUCUACAGACAACAAGUUGGUGAGUUUGAUGUUGUUUGAUAUUCUAUGUAGUUUUCUGAUCAAUUGUGGUAACCGAAGAAAAACUUAAGGAAAACGGAAACGUUUAAAAAUACGCGCGUUUAAAAUUAAAAUUUUAAUGGAAAUCGUAAACAUCACGACAUUUCGCGUACUAUUUUUCGAUUUAUAUGAAUAUUUUUUUUUUUUGACCAAGUUGACAUUUGAACACGGGGUUUUCAAAUUUUGACGACGAACAUCGUACAAAUUACAUUUCAAAUCAUAUUUCACAGAACUUCCGCUCAGAAUCGUAUUCCGCCAACAAUGAUAUUUUAUCUUUGCGUACAAAUGUAAAUCAAAUAUUUGAAUAGCUCUCCACCUAUAAUACAGCAAGUGCAGGCACACCUAUCAGCAGUAUCGGUUAAUUUUAAUUUCGGAUUACCAAAAUGAAAUAUAAUGGUUUUUAUCGGGAUCCGGUGUCGUUAUUUUAGCGGUAUGAACACUAUGUAAAUCGCAGUGCAUAAAGAUAAAAUAUUAUUAUAAUACCUAUUUAUAAAUAAUAUACUCAAGGUUUUUUAAUGAUAACAAUAACAAUAAUUGCAGUUGUUUAAAAUUUAGAUUUGAGUAGUAGAGGAGAAUACUCUGAAGUCGGAUAAGAAAUCUAUGUCGCGUCCUAUCUCGUACUUUUAAACUCUGCAGUUAUAAACAGUUAUAAACAGUAAUAGUGGCAAGUUACGCGAUGCAGUUGCUCGUACCGUGUCACGAUGUAAACUAUUAUAGUAGUUCAAAAUUAAAAUCUCGAUUUAUCAAUAAUCGGCAAGGAAUAAUACUUAGUUAUUAUUUUAUUUCGGUGAAUGCACUUUCCGUACUUAUGUCAUAUUAUAACUCUCAUUUUUUUUUAUUUUCAACUGUACACGCGUACUGUUGUUACGUGUGCCAAUAAUAAUCGAGAUAUUAUAUUUAUUAAAGUAUAGUUUACUUUUUAGAAAUUCAAAAUCCAAGAGCCCCGAAAAGCAUGGAAUCCGAAAAUAACUAUAAAUACGGCAUUAAAUCCGUGUUUGCGCAAGUGAGUAUUCUAUUUUUUUUUUUUUUAAAUGCAUAAAAUUACAUCUUUUUUUUAUUUUUAUAAUGUUGUACAUGAUAAAAUGUAGAUUUUUCGAACCCGAGUUUUGAAUAAUUAUUAUGGGUCGGUAUUUGAAAUUCCAAAACGGAUUCCACCUCGUGUCUCGUGUCUUUAGACUAUAUACUCUAUCGAUGGUAUUUUGUUGAAAGCGUGUGCACCACUUAAAAUCGAAAAAUACGUUAUUGGUAUCAGACAAAUUAGGAGUAAAAGGGUAAAAGGGCGUAUUUAAAUACAGAAAAUUAAGUUGGUGGUGUUGACUGAGAGAUAUUAUCCAGGCAUCUUUUUAAAAUAUAAUUGAAACAACAGUGAUUUGUUAAAACAUCGAACGCAUGUAUACUUGUGUACAAGGUACUAUGUGUACGAGCAAUCAAUCGUAAACGUGACAAUCGUUUAAAUUGAUCACGCUAUAUGUAUUGGCGUGCAGAAUAGCUGACGUGUUAUUCUUGUUACAGAGUUUGGCGCUGGCCGGGACAUAUUUUAUACAGAUCGGACUGGGCAUAGAGAUGAUAUGCUCGACCAUCAUCAUUGGUGCUCUGACUGGGACAAACCGGGUCAAGAACGAAACGUUGACGUUGACCAGCGAAGAACAGUCGUGGUUCGGUAAGGUCUAUGACAAACCGCUCAUACCGCUAAAGGUUACCAUUCCAUAUAUGUUUGUACCGGUAUAAAAAUUUCUGAAACAUAGUACUGAAAACUGCAGAAGAUGGGGAGUAGUGGGGAUGACAAUGUUUAGACAAUAUAUGUAUUGAAUGUCACGAUUUUCAAUUGACGGCUGGGCUGUUCGUCAAUCGGUUGCAAUAUCGCCAAAACGUCUUGUUUUUCUGCAUGAUGUUUUACUAACGAAUAUCCGAUAACCGAAGACAGUAAACGUAGUUUUUAAUUUUUGUUUGCGAAUUCCGGUAACGCGGUUUUCGAGGAGUGCCUUCGGUUGUGAAACGAUUUCGGUUGGGUUCCAAAUCAGUUUGUUCACUAAACUAAAGUAACCCGGUCGGUUAAAACGGCAUCGGUAAAACGGGGUUAUAUCGAUUCCACCGUUUUAAUAUCGAUUCCGCCGGGCAAUUGUAAAUUCUAUUAUACCAUGCAGUUAAUAUAAGUAGGUUGCCGCGGUUGUGGGUGAGAAGUUAGGAACGUAGAGAGGAAACUUAAUGUAUAUCUUUAAGCAAUGAAUCAUUGUUGCUAACGAAAAAACGAUUCUGAGCGGAGUUCAAUUAAUAGUGUUGCUUUGUCAAUAUUAUAUAACAUGCCAUAUUAAUUAUGGUAAAUUAAUUACACAUUAUCAUUGUAUGUUUUCUUCAAUAAUGUUUAUUUACUAUUGUAUUCACGUUUUCGGCUUUUUCUAAUUAUUGGGAAAAUCAAAAAAUUGACUUUUCUAUGCACCAUUCCAGUCAGAUUUCCUUUCAGAAAAAAUGCUAUGCUCGGUACUUCGAAACAAGAUUUCAAGUAAAAUUUUUGUCCACGUUUAAAAAAAAAAAUAAAAUUACAACAAACGCCUUUGUAAAACCAAUACAUUCUUCGCUACAUUCAGAAUCUAAUAUUAGACUACACGGAACUACCGACACGAAACCGGGAUCCAACUAGUAUAUUAUACCCACUUAAACCCGGAACCAAACUAUUAUACUACCCGCACGAUAUAUCCUCGGGGCCCGACUAGCGCGGAUUUUCGAACGCGGCACCCAACUCGGGUGCACCGAUUAGUAUAUAACAUCAAUUAUGCGUCGUACCUACGCUUUCAGGUAGUCUUCUGUUCCUGUUCACCCCCGUGGGGAGCGUGGUGUCGUCAGUCAUGCUCGGCUGGCUCGGGCACAACAGGUGCAUGAUCAUCACCAACAUACCUUACAUAGCGUCGCAAAUCAUGUUUUACUACGCGGACAACGUCAGGACGCUGUACGCGUGCUCGAUCCUGAUGGGAAUGAGCGUCGGUUACUCGGGAGGCCCGUGUUCGGCGUACAUCGGCGAGGUGUGCGAGCCCAAGCUCAGGGGUACGCUCAUGUCGGCCACGAACGUGUUCUAUUACGUCGGAUCGUUGAUAUUCACGUUGAUCUACGCGAUCACAUUGAACUGGAGGCUGACCGUGCUCAUCAGCUUGUCGGUGCCCGCCAUAAACAUCGUCGUUCUACUCUUGGUAAUCGCGCAACCGAACCCACGCCUACGCUACCCUAACCCCAACCAAACCCAAUCGAGCAAACGUCAUGGUUAUCCGAAUAUUAUAACGUGUUUUAUAACAUUACAGACACCGCAUUCUCCCAUGUGGUUGUUGGCAAAGGGGAAACCGGAUAAGGCGCAGCGGACGCUCAGCAAGCUGAGGGGUUGGGUGUCGCACGACAAAUGUUCCAACGAGUUCAGCGACAUGAUCGUUUACACGUCCGACGCGUACAAAGCCGUACCGAGUAUAUAAUAAUUAAUUUUCUGCACGAGGACGACGGUGUUUGUGACACACAAUAUAAAAUAUAACACGGUGUACGUCAUAUUGCAGGCGAUGCGAGCGACGAAACGGACGAAACGAGCUCCUGGGGUCAACUCCUCCAUCCCGAAGUUUACAGACCUUUCCGGUUGCUGAUGAUUUACCUCUUUUUCGCCAACCUGUUGUCCGGCAUACAGUACGGCCCGUACCUGGUGGAAGUAUUUACUACGUUCGGCGCUCCCGUGAACGUUGAAUUUACGAUUGUAAGUUUGGCCAGUAGGUGUCUGCUUUAUUGUGACUGGGUACAAGGGCGCGUACACGGGAAAAGGACAUGGAGGGACAGGGUCUGGUAACCCCUGUAUUUCUUCUAUUUUUACAUACAAUUACACACUUUUUUAUACAAAUUUAAAACAACUUUUUAUAAGGAAUUAUACGAUUUAAUACCUAUAUAUUUUUAACUGUAUAUAGGCAUUUUCCGUCUUCUUGGCCAUACUCGGAGGUACGACGACCGUAUUAUCGGUAAACAAACUCGGCAAACGAUUUCUUACGCUGUUUACGUUGUCGAUCUGCUCUACCUGUUACGUAUUAAUCGGACUGAUCGGUAUCUACUGGACGGAUUCAAAACCGAUAACCUCUUGGAUCGUGUUGAUCCUCUUUCUCAUUACUACAUUCAUGUCAUCGUACGGGAUCAUGCCGAUCGGAUGGGUACUUCUUACUGAAAUUUUCCCAAUGAAGUAAGUAAUAUGAAUCGGUUUUAUUAGUGUAUUUUAGAUUUUGAGUGGAUUGAAGGAGCUUAUGGUUUUACAAAGAUGUUUAUUUUUUUUUCUAUGGACGACUUUUCUACCAGCAAUUUUAUUCUGAUUUACAAUGAUAGCACUUUUUCUGAAAGUAAAUCUGACUGGGGUGAUACUUUAAAGAGAUCUUUUUUUGAUUUUCUCAGAAAUUUUUCAAUAAAUGAGAAAAACUAGGGAAACACGUAGGAUGACAAGAAAAUAGGUACAAUACUUAACAAAUAUUAUUAAAGAAAAUAUAUUAUGCCUAUAUAAUUAUUUUCCCAUAAUUUUAUAUAUAAUAUAUUGUUGAUAAAGCAACUUAACUUAACUGAACUUUGUUUAAAAUCGUUUUUUCGUUAGCAAUGAUUUAUUGUUGCUUACAGAUAUACAUUCAAUUUCCCCUCUUCUACCUUCCCAACUUUUCAUCUAUAAUAAUGGUCCACCCACGAGUGAAGUUUCCCAGCCUGAUAUAAACGCUGUGUCAAGAUAUACGGACGUUCGUGUUUCUAAUUUGUUCACGGACAAUCGUGUUAGUAAUGUAAGCAGUAAGCACAAACGCGUUACUCAUAUUAAUAAUAAAAAAUAAACGUUUAAGUAGUGUUGUUCCAAAACUGAUAAUAUGAGUGUCCUAAGUGUAAACUUUAGACCAGGAUUGCAAAUAAAAAAAAAAAAAAAACAUUUUUGUUUGUUUUUUUAAUAUUAUCUUUGAAGAUCGUAUUAGAACAUGAACAUUGAUUGGGAGAAAACGAGUUAGCCUAAUCAGAUACCAUAAGAUUACAUGUAAAGUUGUAUGAUAGGGUACCCACUUAAACACUUAUACAGUCGUCCGUGUGUGCAUUGUAAACACGACCGUCCGGGAACACAUUAAGAACACGGACUUCCAUAUGUCUAGACGCGGAGUUUUAUAAAAGUAACCUGUUAUAAUAAGAGAUAAUAUGUUAUACAUUUUCCCCGACAUAAAUUGCACAGAAAAACAAUACAUUUGAGUACGUAAUUUUUGCUAAAUAAAAAUAAAAGUAACAGUAAUGGUAUCUAUAAAAAUGCAUUCGAGUACCUCAUAGUUAGUUCAAUUCAUUUAACGCACGAUUUAAUAUGUUAUAAAUAGCAAAACAAGUUAACAAAUUCGUUGUAGCUGCGUCAUAGAAUACAGUGAUCGUUUUGGGGAAGUGGUCGAAACGAUCGCGGAAAUUUGUUUAACUUUGUUACUAUUGAAUUGUAUAGAUUUUUUUGUUUAUUUUAUUAUGUAAUAACGUGUAUCUACCCUAAGACUGUAGUUAGAGAGGAGUAAUGCCGCGCAAAUAAUAAUAUCGGUUUAAUAUUGUAGCUAUUUUUCCGUUUUUUCUACGUUUUUCCCAUUUACUGAGAAGACUCCUGGAAAACUCAAAAAAUGACCUCCUUAAAGAACUUCCCCAGUCCGCUUUCUUUUCAGAAAAAGUGCUAUUAUUUUAAAUUGGAACAAAACUGCUAGUAGAAAUGUUGUCCACGGAAAAUAAAAAAAUAUACUAAUAAAGUAAAAACAAAAUUAUUAAAUGGUUAAUACUCGUAAAUUAAAAGAAAAAAAAAAAAACAUCAUUGUAAAACCAAUAUACGUUCCUCGCUCCAUACAGAAUCUAAAAAAAAAAACAAAACUAAAUAUAUAAAUAAAUAAAUAAACGCGUCGCCUGUAGUAUUAUGAUAUGUGUAUUGUACGACCGGGUUCGAAUUAAAAAUUUAUCGUCAAGCCAAGAAGUCAAAAAGUCAAAAAUUAAAACGCGACUGAAUAUGAAAUAAUCAAUGGAGAAAUACGUCAUAGAGAAAAAAAUAUAAACAUUGGUCGUUUUACAUAAAAAUAAUUUAUUUUAAUUACACAGAUAUAUAUAUAUAUAUAUAUAUAGUUUAUUAUCUUUACCCGAGUUUUAAUAGGAGAGAUUAUUUAAAAUUAAUUAUUAGACAAAAAUAUGUUGAGAAAUUAUGCAACUAUGAAAUAACGUACUGAUGUUAUCAUUAAAAUUGGUCGAAACAUUUAAAAUAUUUUUAAAAUUAAUUUUUUUAAUUUCAUUGUGUACGUGUAAUUCUUCUAAAACUGAAUUAACGUAAAUGUUUUUCUGGAUAUUGAAUAUAUUUCUAAAUCUUUAUUAAUAACAAAACUUAUAAUAUGAAUAUUAUGGUUGUUUUUUAAAACAUGUUCAGUGAAGUUUAAAUUAGGGCAAGUCUUAUUUUAAAUUUUUUUUCAGAAAUGUAUUCUUUAUAUCUUGUUUUAAAAUGUCCAUUUGCCUUGCCUAUAUAAAAUUUAUUACAGUUACAUAUUCUACAUAAAUCAAUAAAUAAACCAAUAACAAAAAAUCCCCCUUCUUUUGAAAAUGCCGGUACAUGCAAACUCGAAAUAUGUAAAUAUAAUACAUUUUAAUAAUAACAUAUGAUAACAUAUUUACGUCUAUAAUAUAUCAUAAUGUCAAUAAUAACUUAUUUUAAAUAUCUCUCAUAUUAAAACACAGAUAUAGACUAUUAUGUAUGUAUAUACAUCUGUGUAUCAAAAUCAAUUAUUUCUAUAUAAAACGACCAAUUCGUAUAGUUUUUCAUCUGCGUAAUCUUUUAUUUACUUGUUCAUGUGCAGCCGCGUUUUGCUUUUUGACUGUGAUUUUACCUGACGAUGAAUUUUCAAUUCGAAACCGGUCAUGCAACACACGUAUAUCAUAAUACUCCGAGCGACGCUUUCAUUCAUUUAUUUAUUUAUUUAUUUAUAUAUUUAUUUACGAGUAUUAACCAUUUAAUAAUUUUGUUUUUACUUUAAUAUUUUAAUAUUUAAAAACAAAAACUAUUACCGUUGUAAUAAAAUAUGAUUAUUUUUUAUAAUUCUUUUCAGGAGUCGAAACAUUACUUGUAGCUUUUGUACGGCAUUGGGUUACGUGAUGACUUUCUUUAUGAUCAGGUACUAUCCGGAAUUUUGCACCUUUGUGCAAUUUUACAAUACUUUUACGAUAUUCGGCACGGCCGGUUUAUUCGGUUGCGUGUACUUUUAUUAUUUUUUACCGGAAACCGAAAACAAAUCGCUACAAGAAAUAUCGGAGUUCUUCAAAUAGAAUAAAAUAAUGUAAUUUUUCGUUUGUGAAAAAAAAACUACGCUCCUUAAACACAAUCCGAGUAAACAUGUUUACUGCAGCGGUGCACGCGGUUAAGUAUAGAUGAAAAACACGGUAAUAAAUAAAAUCGGUACGCGCUCCGUUCCGGUGCAUUUAUCCUAAACCGAGAACUCUGCGCGGUUGCUCCAGGCUUUGGACCAUCCGAUUUUUCUACAAACCGUCGACCUAGUCAAGCGUUUUUAUUAUUAUUAUUAUUAUUAUUGUUAGUAGGAAUUUCGUUAUUUAGUUUUAUACGACAUACGAGUUUAUAUAUUAUGUAUGCAUGAAAAAAAAAAAAAAAAAAAAACACGUGCGCAUAGUUUUUAGCAAAUUAAGACGAUAGGUCUUAUAUUAUAACUGAAUAAUAAUUUAAUAAUUACAUGGGCAAGUGUCGGCGGCGCCAGGUGUUUUCGCGAGGUCCCCGAUAAACAUAUUAAUAUUUAAAAAUCUAUAGUGAAAACCGAAGAGAUACAUUUUACUACGCCGCCUGUCCACCUCCCCCCCAAUUUUCUAAGUAUUAAAUUUAGUUAUUAAUCAUACAUUUUUGGUGAAAUAAAUAAGUCACAAAUAACGCACAUCGCGUAGACGAACGGGUUACAUCGACGAUCGCUGUAUCCUAUCUAUUUUAUUUGUCAAAUUAUUUUUAUUGAAUCAACGAUAUUCAAUGCACCUACUCGUGUAUUUGAUUUUGAUAUUAGAAUUUAAUACUAAUCCCGUCGUUACGAGUGUUUGGUUUUCAAAUCCGGAAACAUACACGCCUCCGCAAAUACAUUUGAAAAUUAUAAUUGUUUUUCGUGAGCUCCUAAAACUAAAAAAGUGCACGUGUACGUGUUCCAGUUCACCAUCCUCCUACUUUUGCGCCCACCCAAUAUUCAUCAUAGUUUAUUACAUUGUCUAUAAUUGUAAGUACAAAAUAUAAAUAAAUUGUGUUUUAUGUUCAUAAAGCGUAAGAUGUAAUCAAAUGUGAUUGUUUGUGUAUAAGAAUAAUUGUUGUUGUCAAUAUUUAACGCAUUAAGUCUAAUUGUAUAUUUUUAUAAAUACCGUUAUUACUUUUAUUAUUAUUAAUUUAAUAGCAUAAUUUAAAAUAAUUAAAACUGAUAUUGUUUGCAUAUAUUGUAUACAUUAAAUAUUUAAAAAACAAUUACGUAAUUAAUUUUGUCUGUCGAUUCAAUCGUAUUUUUUGUCGUGGUACAGCUAUACCAGCUGUCAACAGUAUGACGGCUGUAUGUACCGCCCGUGAAGUGAAGACAUAUAGUUCAAUUGAAUGUAUGGCCGUGUGUUAAGAUAAACUAUUGCUUAUGAAAAACGAUUCUGAGCAGAGUACUAUAUUAUUCGUAUUUUUCCCUCGGUAUCGAUGUAGUCCAGAAAACGGCUGACAUUAAAAAUAUACACGAUUAAUUAAUCGAUUUAAUUGAUUUACACGUUCGGGUUUUUUUUCAACGACAAUUAUAAUUUUAGGUCGUCUUGUUUUUUUUAUUGUAAUUUCGUUUUUAUUAAAAAUAGCUUUAAUACCGAAAUCCUUAUGCUUAUUGCGUGGGAAUCAGAACGAAAGUAGUAUAUUGAGACGAAAUUUACAAUUUCGUUGACAGCAAUGUUUUCAAAUUGUCGUAAUAUUAUACAGAAUGCCCAGCACAAAAAUUGUGAAUAGCAAAACCAAAAUAAAAUAGCGCAGUUAUAGAAAAUUGAUUUCCGACUUUUGGCACAACACGCCGGUGUACUAAAGUAUAAAAACACUCGACAAAUAAUAUAUUAUUAAAAAUUGUUAGUUUUUUUAUUUUGGUAUACAAUUAAUUUUGGCUGACAAACACAUACAAUAAAUUAUAUCGUGUGUCUAUUUUUAAUGCCUACACUAUUUCAACUGUUGAAAUACUCAUCUAAUUAAAUAUAGUUUACAAAUUAUCACGAUAAACAAAUUGUGUUAAAAUAUUAACAUAUAAUAUUGAGAUCACUUUUGUUCAAUAAAAAUUAAGUAAAAAUAAAUAGCACGCGUUAAUAUUAUUAUAAUGCCGCGAUUAAACACAUUCAACGAAAUUUGCACAGGUUGAAAUUGAAAAUUAUAAUAAAGGUUCGUGUUGAUUCGUUUGAAACGGGAGGGUGGGGGUUUCAUUUUUCAUCACGGACCUUGAUCGGUAUAUUUCAUAUUCGAAAAAUAGGGAUCGUCGGACGUGCAUUCUUCGGCCAGGUCCGACGGUAUUACGUUCGCGGUCAAUUCGGACACGUGUUCCAAUGUGCACGCGUCGUCUUCGCAAUUGGGUAUUUGCAAGCGAUACGGUUCGGUCGACGAAUCAUUACGCAAAUACACCUGUAUCGGUAUACGUAUAGAAAACAUGAUAAAUCGAUAGGUACGUAAAAAAAAAAAAAAAAAAAAAAAAAACAAUAAAAUCGUUAAAUAUUGGCACCUUAAAAUAGAAUCGUCCUCCGGCCGUUUCGUGUAACUCGAGCAACGCCAACAUAUUGUAGGUGGGUAUUUGCAGGUCCCACACACCCAAGGUGAUCAAGAGAUUCGCUACCGUGGAAUCGUGACCGGCGUACACGUACAACUGAUGCGUCGAUCGGCGGACCGCUUUGUCUCUACUGUCUUCCAAUAUUUUCUUCAAUAAUGGACCUAAAAAAACUUUGAGAAACGUGAAAAUUCGUUCGUCAGAGAUUUCAAGAAAUCAUCUAGGUACCGGAAGUGUUAUAUUACAGAGGCGGCUCGCCAGAUGAAGUGAUCGAGGCGCUGCCUAGUAAUGGGCACAUUUUCGGAAAUGAAAAACCAUGGACUUUUCCGGGAAAGUUCCCAGGGAUGUUCCUCAAACGGGGAAAGUAUAUUUUAUAAACAUUAUUUAAUUUUCUGACAACACAUAAUGACACGGCUAUAUGUCCAGUUUGGGUACUUGUUCGGUCGUUAGUUGUAUCGUUGUGUCAGUUGUGUCAUCACUAGAGCUGUCUUGUUUACAAUUUUCUUACUCUACUAUAAAUAUACCUAAUAAUAUACCGGUAAGUUUAUUGUAAACGCCGUAUUUCAAAAUCUAAAAACUAAAAUUUCGUUUCAAAUAUUAGAUACACACAGGCGUAUUGAUCGAAUUCAGAAAAAUAUAAACUUAUAUAAUAUUUACAAUAUUUACAUAUUAUUAUACACUUAGUAAACAUGUUUGGGUUUUCGAAAUAAUUACCGAUGAAUAAUAACUGAAUUUUCAAAAUAAACAAAUUAUAAUUUAUGUUGCAACACCACCUCGUUUUUAUUACUGAUAUGGUAUCUAUCAGUGGCGGUCAAAUAUUUCUGUCGUACGUGGCCGGUUUUUAACAAUUACUAUUAUUUUUUUUUCAUAAAUAUAGGUAAGCGUAUAUCAUUAAACCAAGAGAAAAAAGUCACCAUUGAUAUAUAUUCUCCUCACCCUUUCCAGUUUGACUACCCCUAACAAUAUGCAUAUUGGUUUUAUUUCUUAUUGUAUAUUGACGCCCCCUAUUUCCAUAAACAUUUGCCCCGCCAUUUACGAGGUGCUCACGAGCCACCACCACAAAAAUAAUAACCACAGUGGCAAUUAAUACCUCCUUUAAGUUUUCGCAUUUCGGUACUGUACGCGUUCAGUACGAAACUCCUCGACGUGAUUUGGGCCAACUGAGCCGGAUACACUUUGGACGUCCAGUUAGGAAGAAUCAUUCCGUAGUCCGACUAGAAUUGAUGAAAAAAAAUAGGUUUUAAUACAUCUCGGAUCCCACAACAGUACGGAUAUUGUUUUACUAUAAUAAUUAAGGCGCAAUCGAUACCUACUAAAAAAGUACCUCGGCUUUUAAUGUACUGUAAAUCGAUUGGACAUCGUCGGGAUCUCGUACGGACAUUCCAGUGUGGAUGGACAAAUAUUCGUACAGAUAUUUGUAAGUUUUGAGUUCUUCCGAAAUUUCUGUGGAAUUCAUUAUUCUCCGCCUUUCUUCGUGAUAACGGGGACACCGGAUCCGUACCAACAACAACUGCAUC